UGGGGGCAAAAUUCAAGAUGGCUGCUGUUUUGUGGAGAAUUGCUGGCGAGAGUGUGUUCCUGAAAUCUGUUUUACCCUGCAUAAACAUGAUUCCUGUACGCUACAAAACUCACAGAAAAUUUCCCACGAGGAAAAGAAUCAAUCCCUUCGUAAAGCUUCGCACGGAUCUGAUAAAGAGAUUAGUGCUAGCCCUUGUACAACAUGAGCGCAUACAAACUACACAUCACAAGGCAUUACAACUGAAGAAAUAUGGUGAUCUGGUAAGAGGCUAGAAAAGGUUUCUGCAUAUUCCUAGUCGUAUUAAUUGCGUUGUUUCCUCACAUCAGAUAAAGAAACUUUUCGCCAAUGUCACCCAGGCCAUCUCUUUCUCAGGGCUGGCUCUAUCCUGGGUGAACUACAAACAGAGCUGCAUGUGCAGGGCUGUCAACCCCCCUACGUCAUCAAAUGUUGAGAAUUGAUAGGGAAGAAACGAUAGAUGACAUCAUAUUGCACAAGAAAUGAUGUCAUUUGUGCCAAAGAUGCUCGUUGAUUCCAAUCGAUGUAUAUAGCACAUAAACAGUUCAUAUUUAGCCACAUUAUCGCUUAAAUUGCAGUGGCAUACCAGAAUUUAUGGGGAAACGUUCCAUGCUAACAGUAGCUCAAACAAUGCAAAAUAUUUGAAAUUUUAUAGUUGGAAAGUCGAGUCCACAAGAAAUAGCAACUUUGGCGAUUAUCUGGGAGAUAUCAGACCCCAAUCUGGAGACCGGGAGAUACGGUCCAAAAUCUGGAGUCUCCUGGAUUAUCCAGGAAAGUUGACAGCACUGCAUGUGAGUGGUUAUGGAACUUACCCCAGAAUUGCAGUGAUAUUCCUUUUAACAAAUCGGCACCCGCCAAUGUUUUCUGAGUCAAAGGCAUGAGAUUUUCAUCUUGCCUGUGACCGGGGUUUCCGAAAAUAUCCCAUCAGCUUUGGAAGAUUUAUGCUGACAUCAGAACCUUGCCAAAAAUGUCCAAAUAUUUUUGGACGACCUAUGAGCAAUUCCAAAGCUAUUUGAAAGACAACAAUCUUAGCAUGUUUUGAUUUUGUUAGGACACAGAGUCAUUAUUCAGCUCCUUUUUGGAAUAAUUAUUGUUGUGGAAAUUGAAUUGAAUUGUCAUCAUUCAUUGUGUGUUAAAGGACGAUUUUUCUGCAUUUGUGUCACUCAUGCAGGAGAAAUAGUUCUCGAUGUGUUAGACUGAUGUCUUAAGUCCGCAGGCAUGAGAGCCACUCAUAAUGUGUGAGAGUUCACAGGUAUAAAAUUGCUUUUACAAAAAAAGGUGAUUUGUGGCACCUUCUCCAGCAUAUAAAGCCAUGUAAUACUUGUGCUCAGGGUAGUAAUGCUGUGUGCAAGUUGUUUUAAUUUCAACAGUCAAACAUAAAAUAAACAUCAAUGCCAACUCUUGGCAAAGUGACCACCUUGUCUAAAGGUAGAUCUCUCACUGUAAGUCUUGAUGCCUACUUUAAUAAUGCUCUGCAUUUUUUGCAAUUGAAAUUUUUCUUUACAUUAUACCUAUAACUCCACCAUUUUCAGGUUAUUACCUUGAUGCAGCGACGAAAUCCACCUCCAGAUUUAGAUAUGAUCGAGGACGGUUGGGUUCUGACUGAGAAGGAGGCCGCAGAAAAAAUGAUCAAGAAGCGCUUAAUCAACAGAAUGAGUAAAAAGAUUGUUGUUCCACCUCAAGUUCAGGGAGAAAAAGAAUACAUGCAAAGAUGCAAGAAAAUUGCAUUGGAGAUGCUGCUAGGAGUAAGAAAUUUUUUAUUUAUCGCUAGAAAUUUAUGAAAAUUUACUUACCAGUUCCCCGCUUGUUCAAAAAAAGGGAUAGUGCUGUCCACUGGACAAAUCACUAUCUAGAGAAACCAACUGUGUUAUCCACUAGAUGGAGAUUUUCUCAGUGGAUAGAAUUAUCCACCAUUUGAACAAGUGGGGCCAGUGUGUAUGUAUGACUUUAAAAACUCUGUGUUUUUGUUGAUGUGGUCAUUCUAUACCCCCCAGUCCCCAUGUUAGGCAAAAGUAACAAACUUUUGAAGAAAUAUAUUUUCAAACUAACAGCAGUUUACAUUAUGUUCUUGUUGCUCAUAGUUUCGGAGAACAAAAGAAUCCGCACCCCUCCCCUGUCCCCUCCAUUCAAAGUUGGGGUGUUUGUUGUUUUCUACAGGUAGCUAGAACAAGGGCACAACAUUACACGGAGGGGAUGGGGGAGGAAAGCUAUAUUUCCUCCCUUUGAAGUUAAUAAAACGUAAAAAAGCCCAGUUUUGGGCGAAGUGUCUCAACUCAUUUUGUCGCCGAUUGUAUAUUUCAUUUUAGUUUUUACAUAGGCUCACCCUUUCUGCCACUCGUGACAAAUCAUGGCAUCUGUUUAUCGUCGUCUCCACUCUUUCAUAUUGUACAAGAGCGGUGACCAGGUUUUUGUAAAGGCGCUUUCUCUUUUCCCGGCUUUUAGGCUUAAAUUUCAGCAAAUUUUCAAGAUUUCGACAUCGUGUGGCCGCCAUCUUGAGAACCUUCGCUUGACGACUCCGCUGUACAUAGGUAUUGCUGCUAAAAAAUACUAGGUAGCCAGGCCGACCAGUUGGGGGCAAAAUUCAAGAUGGCCGCUGUUUUGUGGAGAAUUGCCGGCGAAAGUGUGUUCCUGAAAUCUGUUUUACCCUGCAUAAACAUAAUUCCUGUACGCUACAAAACUCACAGAAAAUUUCCCACGAGGAAAAGAAUCAAUCCCUUCGUAAAACUUCGCACGGAUCUGAUAAAGAGAUUAGUGCUAGCCCUUGUACAACAUGAGCGCAUACAAACUACUCAUCACAAGGCAUUACAGCUGAAGAAAUAUGGUGAUCUGGUAAGAGGAUAGAAAAGGUUUCUGCGUAUUCCUAGUCGUAUUAAAACUAUUUUUCAGUCCAUACUAACAGUAUGCUCAAACAAUGCAAAAUAUUUGAAAUUUUAUGGUCGGAAAGUUGAGUCCAUAAGAAAUAGCAACUUUGGCGAUUAUCCGGGAGAUAUCAGACCCUAAACUGGAGACCGGGAGAUACGGUCCAAAAUCUGGAGUCUCCUGGAUUAUCCGGGAAGGUUGAAAGCACUGCAUGUGAGUGGUUAUGGAACUUACCCUAGACUUGCAGUGAGAUUCCUUUUAACAAAUCGGCACCUGCCAAUGGUUUCUGAGUCAAAGGCAUGAGAUUUUCAUAUUUCCGGUGACCAGGGUUUUUGAAACAUCCCAUCAACUUCGGAAGAUUUAUGCUGACAUCAGAACAUUGCUGAAAAUGUCCAAAGACGUUUGGACGACCUAUGAGCAAUUCCGAAGCUAUUUGAAAGACAACAUGAACAAUCUUAGCCUGUUUUGAUUUUGUUAGGACACAGAGUCAUUACUCAGCACCUUUUUGGAAUAAUUAUUUUUGUGGAAAUUGAAUUGAAUUUUCAUCAUUCAUUGUGUGUUAAAGGACCAUUUUUCUGGAUUUGUGUCACUCAUACAGAAGAAAUAGUUCUUGAUGUGUUAGAUUGAUGUCUUAAGUCCGCAGGCAUGAGAGCCACUCAUAAUGUGUGAGAGUUCACAGGUAUAAAAUUGCUUUUACAAAAACAGGUGAUUUGUGGCACCUUCUCCAGCAUAUAAAGCCAUGUAACACUUGUGCUUAGGGUUGUAAUGCUGUGUGCAAGUUGUUUUAAUUUCAACAGUCAAACAUAAAAUAAACAUCUAUGCCAACUUGUGUAAAAAUGACCACCUUGUCUGAAGGCAGAUGUCUCACCGUAAGUCUUGAAAUCUAAUUUAAUAAUGCUCUGCAUUUUUUGCAAUUGUAAUUUUUCUUUACAGUAUACCUAUAACUUCACCAUUUUCAGGUUAUUACCUUGAUGCAGCGACGACAUCCACCUCCAGAUUUAGAUAUGAUCGAGGACAGUUGGGUUCUGACUGAGAAGGAGGCCACAGAAAAAAUGAUCAAAAAGCGCUUAAUCAACAGAAUGAGUAAAAAGAUUGUUAUUCCACCUCAAGUUCAGGGCGAAAAAGAAUACAUGCAAAGAUGCAAGAAAAUUGCAUUGGAGAUGCUGCUAGGAGUAAGAAAUUUUUGAUAUAUCACUAGAAAUUUAUAAAAAUUGACCUACCAGUUUCCCGCUUGUCCAAAAAAGGGAUAGUGCUGUCCACUGGACAAAUCACUAUCUAGAGAAACCAACUGUGUUAUCCACUAGAUGGAGAUUUUCUCAGUGGAUAGAAUUAUCUACCAUUUGAACAAGUGGGGCCAGUAUGUAUGUAUGACUUUAAAACUCUGUGUUUUUGUUGAUGUGGUCAUUCUAUACCCCCCAGUCCCCAUGUUAGGCAAAAGUAACAAACUUUUGAAGAAAUAUAUUUUCAAACUAACAGCAGUUUACAUUAUGUUCUUGUUGCUCAUAGAAUGAAGAAGCACUGGAUAAACUUUAUACCACUCUGAAGGAAAGAUACAAGGACAGAUAUGGAAAUUUUGUUCAAAUUACCAAAAUUCCUAAUCCACCAAGAUCGACAUUCCCAAAUAUGGCUUAUGUUGAACUGAAAGAUAACUCGCUACCACCUUUGCCUAAGCUGCCGGUUGUUAAAAAUGGAAAAUGGGUUGUUUACGGAAAUGAUGAGGAUAAUAUUGAUGAUGAAUUGCAAGAGGAAAGUGCUAUAGUUCAAAGUCAGAAUUAG